AUGACACAAUUUGAUUUUAUUGCUAAUUGCUGGAGUACACCUAGUGCUAGUUCUUGCAGUGCUGGAGGACACAUAGUGCUAGUUCUUGCUAAUUGCUGGAGGACACUUAGUGCUAGUUCUUGCAGUGCUUGUUUACAGAAUGCAUCAGCCUCUAUAUUGGGAUGCUUGCCAUGGUCCGAGGGUCGGACGCUGAAUACGGGGUGCUUUGUUAGGUACUCUGACAUCAACUUUCUUAAUCCUAUGCCGGGAAAUGGAAUUCCAAGAGGGACAAUAACAGUAGUUAUAGUAGCAGCGGUUAGUUCAGUAGGUGUUUUGGUUAUUGGAGGUCCAGAUUACCAGUGCAGUUCCUAA